AUGAAUUGGGAUGAUCUCUCCCUUGUAUUGGCUCUACCAGUGGGUGGACUACUCAACUUGAUCUCCAUGAUGAUUGUCUUGACGGUCCACAACUAUAAACAAGUCCUGGGCCAAACCCAUAACGUCUUGUUCCAAACAGACUACCGAAACUAUGAGCAACUAAAGAAGCAAGUGCUUCAAAAUUCGUUUAGGGCUGCAGGCCCUAAGCCGUACAUCUCCCCCUCCAACUCCAGAUCAUCUUCGUCAACUUCGGGUACAGACUCCAUCAUCAGCUUCUUGACCAAAGUGAACAUUGCCAUUAUCGCCUUCUCUCUCUGGAAUGUCUACUACCUUGCGGUGUCCAGCCGGUUCUACAACUUGAUGUACACCGAUCGGGAACCGCACACUCCCUCAGUUAAAAGGUUUACGUUGAUAGAUAACUAUUCCUUGGGCCAAAUGCUCUGGGAUACCAUCAAGUCGAAAGUAUUUGGUAAGAAGCCCUCAACAAAACCUAAAGAUGUUGAUGAUCGUGAUCGUGAUAAUGACGUCAUAUAUAAAGAUAUUUGGCAAUUGCAAGUAUGGCAACCUUCAAAGUUCAAUCUUUACUUGUUAAUGUCGCUUAAUCCAUUGGUCAAUUUAAUCAACAUCUUACUUACGGAAUUAUCGUUUGUCAAGCUCUUGGUCACCAACUUGGCCGUCACGGGGUCCAUGUACUACUUGAUCUCCAAAUUCCUUGUGUUACUUCAAGACAAACAGAUUUUGUAUCAGGAGAUGUUUCAAGAAUAUCAGACAAAAUAUGUCGUACCCAGAACAACCACUUUAAAGAAAGAUGUACUUAUAGAUGCUACCACUGGUCCUUAUUAUUCAACUGUGCUAACAGAUGUGGUUCCCUUCCUUUCCAAUAAACUGAGAGUGUUCACCACUCAUGAUAUUGAAGGUAAAGAGGUGAAUAAUUAUCAUGAAUUAAAACCAAGGGACCCCCCUACAUCAUCAUCAUCCAAACGAUUUCUUUCAAAACCUUAUCUGAGAUCGACGUCACCUUUCCGUAGAGGAACAACUACACCAAAUUAUUAUAAUAACGAUUCCUAUAAAUUCAAAUUGGAAAUAAACCAAUUGAAAAAGAUCAACAACGAACUUUCAAGACAAUUGCAACAUUUCCGUACCUCUUAUAGUCCUGAUGCUCAUGCUUCUGCUCCUCCUUCAACUGUCCAAGAUGAUAGUGAUCAUAGUGAAGAAGAUCUUCCUUGGUAUGUUCCUUCAACUCCACGGAAUGAUCUUAUCCACAAUGAUACAAUUAUCCCUCCACCAUCAUCAACUUCUCAUAAAACCCCCUCACCUUUUAAAAUGCCCGAUCGGACUCCAAGUCCUUCCAAAUCCUUACGAAUGAGUCUGCCAACUAGAUUGGCUCCCAACUUAACCCAAUCUUCAAGUAGAUUGGGAUCUCCCACAGCAGCAGAAAGAAUAAACCAAUUUGUUAGAAGAUCUCUGAAUGCACUGCUGCAUCGAUCUUCACCCAAUCGAAGUCCAAGUCCACUGAAACCAAUUUGGCGUUGA